AGGAAAAUCCAGUGUUACAGCAAAUGAACACACGUCCACAUGUGCCAACAUUUGAUAAAAUCAUUUGUUCAUUCACCCGCACAAGAAGACAAUUUAACAAAAUUGACAUCUCUUCCUGCGAAAACGGACAAGACCAGUACUGUACAUACAACACCGCUGUGUGAGACCUCUUCCACAGAAGUAAAUGGAUCUGCAAGGAAAAGGGACUUUGAAAAAAAUACAGAUACUAGUUCUGUAGAUUUUGUGGCCGAUUCCCAGGCUCUUGCCAGCAUCCUCUCCAACACUGAAAUGAACAAUACCAAUUGUCGGGAACUAAGCCUGGCACAGAGAAUACCUAUGCAGGGCAGAAGCUCCAUGUUCAAGGGCGCUAUGGCCUUGUCUGGAACUUUUCUGCCGCAGGUGACAACCCCAAAGCCUGCCUGUGGUCCAGUAUCUAAUGUGACAAUGCAACUUAAAGGGCUAACAUUCAGUCCUUGUCGUGUUCCUCUAGAAAUUAGUGACAAGAGCUCUGGAAGGCCAGCUAGGAGAGUGCUUCAGCUACAAUCUUCCACUGUGAAGUUUUCCCAGCCAUACUCUGUCACAUCAAAGCAACCAGUGUUUCCGAAAACUCCAAGAGCGCUGGCACUAGAGAAAGCAAAUAAGUGUCUCGAGUCUGAUAAGACCGAUGUUCAGACUUCAUCAAAAACGACUGUAAAAUGGGCAGAUGAGCUGUCACCUUCCCCCUUAUCUGAGGUUUUAUGUGAACAAGAACCGAAUAUAAAAGAAGUAGCUAUGCGGUUAUUUUUAGAUGGUGAAGGGGCGGGAGACACUGAAAAGAAAAAGGAACCCACUGCAGUCUCUAAUCUUUUGAUCGUAUUAGAACAUACUCCAACAAGUGCACCAGAGCAGAAAGCAUUGGUCCAACCUGAUGCUCACAGGGCUAAUGUUGGGGAUUCUCAGAAUUUUCAAUUGCACAGUCAAAUGCACCUUGCACCUUCAUUACAGCCAAGUGUCAGUGAUUCCUCUUCCAGCAUUGUGUCUGGUAUAAAAUCCACUGUGCCACUUUCUUUUCUUGCUCACCCUGCUGUACAAGCCCUGCAGACCUGCACCUUGGGUCCUUCCUCUUUACCUGAUAUUGCACGAUUACGAUUACAAGCUGCAGUAUCUGCCAAGCAGAGGUUUUGGGAAGCUCGUCUUGAUGAAGAAUGUGCUUUCUAUACAGCUCAAUGUGUUUCUGGCUCAAUUAGAAGUUGUAGGGACCCUGUAUCUCUCUUUCUAGAGAAACAGGAAGACAUGCACUUUACGCCUAUCUGUCCUAAAGAAUCCUGA